AUGGCAAUGGUUUCUGCUGUUCAGGAAGCCCAGAAAGAUAAUCUCAUAAACUUUAGUGACUACAUGAUGACAAUUUUAGAGGAUGACUGGCAAAAGGAAAAAAGGGACUUUCUUCACAGCUUGAGCCGCAUCUCCAGUUUAGCAAGGACCAAUGUAACUGAUUCAAGCAUUGGGGCUAACCGAUCAGGGCCAAUAUUAUCUCUAUUUUCUAGUCCUCACAUUUCAUCUGGUCCUUCUAACAUGGAGCUUUUGGCAAUAGUUGAUAAAAAGGCUGCAACAUAUGUCCAGGUUGUGAGAAAACUCAAUGAUGCAAGAAAACGUAGUUUAGAAUAUAAAUCAGCUACUGCUUUUAAGAAUGCAUAUGAUCACAAUCUUGGCCUGGAUUCUUCUAGUGGUAACUCAGUUACCAUGAACAAGAUCUGGCAUCUAAUUCAGGGUUCGCACAUAGAAGGAAGUGAAAGUCGAUCGGAGAAGAAGGGGUUUGCAGAGAGAAAGAAGGGAGAGAAUGAAGUCGAUUUGGCGGGUGUAGAGAAUCUAAAAAUUAGUAAAGAUCCGCCAUAUAUACUUUGGUGUUUCGAAGAUUAUGCUGUUCGACUGUCACUCACACAAUACAUUGAUCUGUAUGCUGUUGUCAGCCAAGUAGAAUCAGAUCGUUAUCAGUUAGGUGUUCAUAACAUUUCAAGGGUUGGUUUUGUUGGAUUGUCCGAGGCCCCUAGCUUGAGAAGGAUGAAGUGGUUGGCUGAGACGAAUCCUUAGAAGAUGAGAUAAAAGACGAAAGGAAGGCUCCCCUGCUGAAUUUGCUUGGGUGAUAUCCUCUACCAGCCACAUGUGUGCAUCACAGAUGCCAAUUACUUCAGUCAAUAAAGCCGGACCAUAUGGAUUACAUUAACUGUAUAGGCCUCUUAUGUUUAGUGUAUUAGAUAAAUCGUCAAAAGGUUAAACAUGAACUUUUGUUAUAACAGAGGCC